UCGGAACAACCCUAGUCAUUCAUUGCUAACAGGGAAUCAUGCGGGACCCUGUGAGUAGCCAGUACAGCUCCUUUCUUUUCUGGAGGAUGCCCAUCCCAGAACUGGAUCUGUCGGAGCUGGAAGGCCUGGGCCUGUCAGAUUCACCUACCUACAAGAGCAAGGAGAGCAACAGCAUUGGCAAAAUGGGUGGGCAGGCAACCGGAGCUGAGCGGAAGAGCCCUGAAGGCGACCCCCUCCUUGAGUAUAGCACCUUCAACUUCUGGAGAGCCCCUAUUGCCAGCAUCCGCUCGAUCGACCUGGACUUGCUCUAAGUCGAGACCUCUCUCUCCCACCCGCCCCAUACCCUCCUUGUCCUCCCCCUUAAGUCCCUUCCUCUCUCAGCCUUCCACUUUAAUCUUGUUCUCUUCCCUCUAUUGUGCGGUGGUGCUGAUGAAUCUGCCAAUCGAAUUGUAUGUUUGUAUGUAUGUACUUAUUUAUCUAUUUAUUAUUUAUCUAUCUAUUUAUUUAUUUAUUUAUCUGCCAACUCCGUUUCUCUCAAAAGCCCUCUAGGCACAAAGUCAAGGGUUUAAUCAAUGGAGUACAAGAUCAUAGGACACCCCCCCCCCCAGCCCUGAGAAUACUAACUAAUCCCAGAAAAAUCACCCUUCUUCAAGGCUUCAGAGAGAAGUAUAGUUGUGCAAAAUGGGAGACCAGUUUUUUUUCUUGUUUUGUUGUUGUUACAUUUUAAUCUGCUUCAAAGAUUACUUGAACCUCCCUAAUUUUCAGCACCAGGUCAGUAAUACUGCUUUGAGAAGUAGUGAGAACCUGAAGUCUUGAGACAAAACAGGAUUUCUAAAAGGCUAAGUUCUGCUGCUGCUUGCAGUGCAUUCUCUUCCCCGGGAUCGUGGCGGUAGUUACCGGUGAACACAAGAGACCGGACAUGAGGAACGCAUCCUAUCGGUUCAGAGAUCGUUCCUUUAACUCCAGCUCACAGCUCUGCUUCCUGCUGCGGGUUGGAAAUGUUGGGAAAAUCAGAUUUGAGUCUUCAUGGGGAAUCUUUACUAUUAGAAUACUUACUUCCUAAAAGGCAAAAGAUGUAUCUGAUCAAAAGGAAAGCCAGAGUAGCAGUAGAAGAAUUUAUAUAAAAUUGCGAUUUAGUCGUGGAGCAGGCGCAGUUUUUUGGUCCUUGGUAUUGUAGCUUUGCCUUCAUGGAGGUGCAGUAUGUGAUAGGAAUCAGUGGUUCCUGGACCCAGUUCUUCAGCUACCAUAAGACCGUGAAAUAAGCAGUUACAUUCAGACCCUACCCCUGUCCCCAUUCCUUCCAAAGCUAUUGCGGCUGAAUCGUGGAGCCAUUUAUUCAUUUAUGUAAUAAAGACGUUAAAUCCUAA